AUUAUAACAAAAUUUUGUAGCAAAUUUAUGUAUACAUAUAUAUUUUUUUAAGUAAAUAUUUUGCUAAAUUUUUGUGCACAACUUGAGAAAAUUUUCAACGUAAUUUUAAACAAAACAUGGAUGCAUUUAAAGUUCCCAAAAAAGUUAACCGUCAUGUUUUAAAGGCGCUUAACUUUCUAAGCCAAGGAAAAGCGGAAAAUGAAAUUAGUACAGAGCAGAUUUUAAAUCAAGUUAAAUAUCAAAUGAGAAAUUUAGUGCCAGUGUACAAUAUUGAUAUGGUCAUACAGAAAUCAUUGAAAAAUUUAAGUGAUAUUGGUUUGAUUGAUAGAACGGCACCACAAAGAUUUGCCAUGGGACGCUCUUAUGCUCCAUCUUCGGCGCCUAAAGCCAAUAAACCCAAAACAGUAAAUCCCAAUAUAUUUAAACCUAAUGUUUCACGCAAGAGAAGCAUUAGUAAAUUAAAUCCCAAUUUUAAACGGGCUCAAUAUGACAGCGAGGAAUCUUUGUCUGGUGAGGAAUAUGAUCACGCACGCAAACGUAUACGCACAAAUACCAAAAAAAUUAUACAUUCUGGUCGCAAUACCGAAUUACCCAAAGCCCGACAACAUUUCCGUUUUAAAAAUAUCGCCUUAGCAGAUCCCCUAUCUGAUCCCUCACCCCUUUAUAUGAGAGAUUUUGAAUCUGAUGGUAUUUUCGAACAAAAUCAAGAAAUGUCUGUUUACAUAGGUCCUAUAGGGAAUACAAAUAAUAAUUUGGAUGUAACUAAUAUAACACCAAUAGAACCUUUAGAAAUCAAUGAAAUUUUAAAUGAUGAUCAAACAGAUAAUAUGAACAAUAAUCAAAUCCCUAAAGAAGCGUCUUUUGAGGUGGUAGAACUAUUUUUACAUAAUAACAAUAACUAUGAAACGGCAAAUAAGGCUAACUCUCAAACAAAUUCCCAGUCUGAUGACCAGCCAUCAAAGACUAGUGUCGACACAAAUGUUUCGACAAAUGAAAAAUCCAAAACCUCUGUUUCAGCUACGCAAUCCCAAACAAUAACAUUGGAAAAAUAAAUAAAUAUGUAUCUAGUCUGUUUUAAUUCAAUUACAUUUUAUUUAAAUUGUGUGAAUUACUGUGUGUUGUAUUGCUUAUUUUACAAAAAAAAAAAACAAAAAAAAACAAAGUUCCUAACUAAGAAAUCAUUGUAUUUUAAUUGAAGAAAGAAAAUGUGUUUGCAUAAAAUUAACAUGACACAUCGUUGUUCUUAUUUAACUAAGUGUAGUUAAUUAAUUAUAAUAUUAAUUAUAUACUGUAUGUUUCUAUAAAGAAUAUCAAUCAUUAAUAUCAAA